AUGAACCAGAGGGCAGCGGCGAUGGCCGUCGGCGAGGCCCUAAGCGAAGCCUACGCCGAGUCACGCCGGCCGUCGGUCUCGCUCGAGCCCGAGGCGCCCCAGCCGCGUCGUCGGUCGACGGCCGCGUCCGACAAGGCCGACGCCACCCGGCCCUCCGAGGACGUGUCGGCCCACGCGCUCGAAGCGAGCCUGCACUCCUCGAGCAUCCUCCUCGAAGGCUCGGGCUCGCCCACCAAGAAGCAGCAACGAAUUGAUCCAGCCACGGUGGACACGCUCCGUGCGAGCGCCGAUGGCAUGCCCCUUGGCGCGCUCUCCAAGACCGAGGCCGAGUAUGACUUUGCGAUCGUGCUCAAGCCGACGCGACCGGACGACAGCGCUGUCGCUCGCCACGUGGCGCCAGCGACAAACCUCAAAGCUUUUUACCGCAAGCACCCCCAGCAGGCCAAGGUCGAGCUGCUCCGGCGCCUGCAUGCCGUGGGCCUACAGACCAAGAAGCUGCGGGCGCUCGAUGGGAAGCAGACGCUCAUCAAGGUCAAGGCGCCCGGCCACGUCCUCGAGCUUGGCGCGGAGAAGAUGCGGCUGAAGAAGCGGCGGCAAGUCGACCUCAUGUGGGUCGAGUUCGCCGCCGACUGCCGCGAGACCUUUCAGGACUUUUGGGAUGGCGACAUGCACUUUCUAGACUCGGAGAAGCAGAGCAUCGUGCACAACCUCAUCACCACCGACGACGGCGCGGGCCUCAAUGAGCACAGUGAUCUUUUGCCGAUCGUGGAGCAAAUGUUGCCGCUGCACAAGGCCAAUCUCGACCUACUGCGUACGCACUGGGUGUGCUACUGGCGUCCGUCGUCGCCGUCGUCCGUUCCCGUCGCUGCGAUGACGCUAUAUCGACUUCUGCGCUACGCCCUCGACCAGCCAUUGGAUGUGGUGGCAGAGUACUUUGGCGAGCACAUUGCGUUCUACUUUGCGUGGGUCCAGCUCUACACGCGCUGGCUUGUGCUGCCGACGCUAGUGGGCGUCUACCUCUUCUACUGCCAAGUCGCCUCCAAGUCGCUCGAUCAGCCGUUCGCACCGUACUAUGCGCUCUUUAUGGCGCUCUGGGCGUCCGGCUUUCUGCUCGCGUGGAAGCGCCAAGCCAACUCGCUCGCGUACCGCUGGGGCACCUUGGGCUACGAGGACGAAGAGGUGCUUCGACCCGCGUACCACAAAGGCGGUCUCCACCGCUGGGUCAAGUACGCCGUCACGUACACGCUCGUGCUGGCUGCGAUCGGCCUCGUGCUGGUGCUCAUGUACUACGCCUUUACGACGCGGGACGCGCUCGCCGACGAGUCGCUCGCGCUCCAAGCCAACUUGACGCACAUUGCCUUCAACUGGUCGAAUCUCUCGGAGCUGAAUGCGCUUGCCAACGUCAAGUUUUGGGUCUACGUGCUCGUGACGCCGAUGCUCUACGGUCUCUGCAUCCCGAUGCUCGACAUGGUGUUUACGCUCCUGGCGACGCGCAUGACCGAGUAUGAGAACCACAAGACCGCGUCGGCCUUCCAGAGCGCCCUCAUCCUCAAGGUGUUCCCGUUCCGCUUCGUACAUGUGUUUGCGACCUUGUACUACUACGCGUUUGCAGCGGGGAACGACCUCUUGCGCGUCGCCAUUCAACUCGCAACGUUCAUGCUCUCGGGUCAAAUGUGGCACAACGUCGUCAAGACGGGCGUGCCGCUGCUGCGUCGCGUGUACCGGCACCGCAAGAAAAGCGUGGCGACGGCCAAGCUCCUCCGGUCGUCGCCGCUCUUUGCGACCAAAGCCCCGACGGCGGUCCAUCGGCAGUGCAUCCGCCUCGAGCAAGCGUCGUCCUAUGUCUGGGACGAGAGCCAGCUCGACAAAUACGACCCGUUCGAGGACUACAUCGAGAUGCUCAUCCAGUUUGGCUACGUGAGCUUCUUCUCGAUCGCGUUCCCGCUGGCGCCGUUGCUCGCGCUCAUCAACAACCUCAUGGCUCUGCGGGCCGACGCGUUCAAGCUCUGUCACACCAAGCAGCGCCCGAUCGCUCGCAAGGCCAGCGGCAUCGGCAUCUGGUUGCCUGUGCUCCAGGCCAUGUCGAUCCUCGCGGUCCUCACCAACUGCCUCCAUGUGGCCUUUACGACCACGCAGAUGGAGCGCAUCGCUCCGUCGAUUUCGCCGGCGCAAAAAGUGUGGGUCGUCUUUGCGGCCGAGCAUUCCGUGCUCCUCCUCCAAGUCGGUAUCGCGUGCGCCGUGCCUUCCAUGACCAAGGACGUCAAGGCGAAUGUGCGUGCUGAGAAGGCAAUGCUCAAGAAUGCCAGCGCCAAGGCCGUCGCGGCGCGGCUCGCGUGCGCGACGGUCGAGGACGACGACGACGGCAACGACUCCGACUCGCCCGAGAAGAGCGCCUUGUAG